AUGGGUGACCAUCAAGACCGCCAGUUUGAACAAGACAAGUCGCGCUAUGUCAUCCCAGGCGGUAGUGUUGAAAGAGACCGUCUGCGAGUUCAGCAUGAAUGGAUCAAAGGAACGGCAGGUGGCCUUAUCAAGGCGCCCCUGAACCUGACGGCCGGCGGGUUGAAGGUUCUCGACUCGGCCACUGCUGACGGCUUCUGGAUCCACGAUGUUCGUCUCGUGCUCCCUGACGACACAGAAUAUGUCGGUUUUGAUAUUGCGACUGAGCUGUUUCCACCACCUGAGAAUCUGCCACCAACAGUGUCUCUGGUACCACACAGCGUCACUGAGCCCGUCCCCCCGGCCUGGGAGAGCAAUUUUGAUCUGGUUAACCAGCGUCUGCUAUUUGCCUUUUUCCAGCGCCAGGAAAUCAACCAGAUCGUCAAGAGGCUCGUUAGUUGUCUCAAACCUGGUGGAUGGAUCCAGUUCUUCGAGUAUGACCACUACACCAUGGUGACAGAUCCCCGUGCAACGACCUAUCUGCUCUUCUACAAGUUUGCAGAGCAGAAAGUGCGGAAUCUCAACGUCAAGACGGACAUCAUGGACGCCCUUGAAGAUGCUGGGUGUGAGAACAUCCAGAGCCAGUGCCUAGAGAUGGUUGCUGGAAACGCACAUGUCGAUCGAGAGCAAGGGAUGCGAGGACGGCGGGUAAGCCGGGUCCUAUUCCACUCGUUUGGCAGCCUGGUCAAACUGGAAGAUGUCGGGCUGAGCGAGGACCGCCGGCCAUCGCUCGCUGCAGAGCUGGAGAAGGACAUGGACACGUACAAAACCGGUGUAGCGGGGAACUUCAUCUGGGCCCAGAGGAAACGCACCUAG